AUGGAUAGCAAGACGACGACGUUGCUGUUGCGAAGCCAGGCGCACGGGUAUGUGGCAGGUACGUCAGUAGUCUCGUAUGCCAAGGUCAGCUCUGAGCGCCAGGUGACACAUUCAGCGGCAACCUUAACCUGUCAUCUUUAUGAACAAAUUGCCACAUUUUCGGACGAGGUAGACCUAAUUUGGAGACGCAAAGCCGGUUGGAAUAUCCCUAAAGUUCUUUUUGUGAUUCAAAAGACUGUUCCUCAAAAGAAGUGUCUCAUUAUUAACGUCGCACAAAGCUAUUUCGGGACAUUCAUUAUACUCAGUAAAGGUACAAACUUUUCAAUAUUUUAUGUCUACUUUGAUGUACUUAUUCAGUUGUUCAUUCACUUCCCUCCGGCGGACAGAGGCGGUAAAUCGGAACUCUUUUUUGAUGCGGAAACAUACAUUGCAGUCAUUCCUUUCGUUUCCAUGCACGGUAUCAUGAUAAUAUAUGACGUGUCAGCCAAUAAUGUGCCGGAUCCCAUCCCUGGUAUUCACAUAUGCAUCACAUCCCCGGGGUAUAAUUAUCUUUACGCCGAAACCAUCCCAAUAAUUGCACUUGAACUAACUCUACUGUGCUUGACCAUUUCGCGAGGAUUUCACUUUUACCAAGCACAGAGGAGGAUAUCGUGGUCAUUCCGGGGUCGUCGCUCACUCGCUAGUAUUCUAUUUCGGGACAGUAUCAUGAUCCCGUUCGUAACUCUGGUGAUACUAUUCGCGUGCCUCGUUCUCCUGCUACGCGCGCCCUUCGGCCCGAUCUUUCAAAUUGUUUACCUCAUCUGCGUAUUCUGGCCUGGAAUUGCUGGACCACGACUCAUCCUCAACCUACGGCAGGCAUACUACGCACCAUUUAAGGACGAGUGUCACAGAGCUGAUUUGGACACCGAAGACUCGGAUUGUUUGUAG